UUAACGCGGCGUAGCAAGGUCCACGUCGCUAGAUAGCUCCGUCAGCUCCAAUUCGAAAACGACGUAAACGCCAGCGCGCGUAAUUCAAAGUUAUCAAAAUCCCAGUUGCCCGUUCUUGUUCCCGAAAAAGUGCUGAGUGCGAAUAAAAAAUAACCAAUUGAAAAUUAUUAAAAAAUAUAUAUAUUAUUAAUCUGGCUUGGUACCAGAAAAGUGAACACAAUAACAACAACAACAAACAGAUUGUAGUUGCCAGUAUGUCAUCCCAGUGCUGUGAUGCCGCUUUGGGCCGCUCCUAUGCCUGCUCGUCCCGCUUCCCUUCGGGACACCUGCUGGCCGCCCUCUGAUCCGCCCGCGCCCACAUCCACGCCCAGUGACUGACUGACAGGGAUCUCCGUCCACACACACAAAAGCGAGAUCCGAUCCUUGGACAUACAAAACUUCAAAGCGAAACAUUAUUUUUUUUCCGUUCAUCCAUAUCUUUUUUGGAUACUAAAACGUUGUGAAACUGAGAACGGCCCAGCCGAAAAUGUGCACUGAGGUAAAUUCCGCGAUGGGUCUUCAAGCAACAGCCGCCACGAAGCGGAAGCAUGAGCUGACCUUCGAUAGCAAGGAUGCCAACACCACCUAUACGGGCACCUGUGCCCCGCCCCCCGUCAAGGCCAACAAGUGGGCCAUAAGCAACAACAACUACCUGGAAUCGCUCGAGGAGCAGCAACAGCAACAGUCGUCAGCGGAGCCAGCCUCCGCAGCGACCAUCGAGUCCAACAACAACCAUAUAGUGGUAGAUGCAUCCAUGGACAUGGAUAUGGAUGCAAUGAAAUCCACGGAGACAAGUAUUAGCAAUGGUCAUGAAGUUACUACCGCCGUCGCAGCCGUCGCCGUCUUGAAGAGUCAAGCGGAGGUGCCGCUGCCACCGACAGCGAGUGCUGCCAUACCGGAGGAUAGCAUUGCCAAGCUGGAGGUGGUGACAUCCGCUGUGCCCUGUGAACCCUGGACCGGCGCUGUGGGUAGCUCCUCCACGCCCUCGUCAGCUGGUGGAGCUGCUGCCUCUUCGGAGCCCGUGGAUUGUAUCUCCAAGCUGCAGGCAGUGGCCGUGCCAAGUGAUCCCUGGGGCAGUAUUGCCACGCGUUCCACGCUGGCAACGACGCUGCUUAGUGCCGAUGAGCUGGAUGACGAUGAUGAUGAUUUCGAGGAUGAUUACGAGGAGGAGGAGAGCAUCAUACCCACCUACUGUCCCAUGCGUUACCAUCCCUUUGUGCCGCAUCCGCACCCGCACUCGCAUCCGCACCAGCUACCGCCACAUCCUCUCCAGCAGCAGCAGCAGCAGGCACAUCCCCAGCAGCUAUCCCAGCAGCAGCAGCAAGGACAUCCCCAGCAGCAGCCACAGCAUCCCCAGCAGCAGCAGCAGAGGAGCUAUGGCCCGGGCUAUGGCAAUCGGCAGCCCAACUAUUAUUCAGAGCCCUUCCCGCAGCAGAAUUGCUCGCGAACCGGAGGACCGCAGCACAUGACCCAAGCGCCACCGACGCCGCAGCAGGCGCGUGGAUUCGCACCACCCCAAUGGGCAACGGCGGGAGCUGGCAGCAAUCCCUCGAAUCCCGCGGCCGGAGGACAGCAGUUCUAUGAGACGGCAAACGGAGGAGGACCCUAUGCCCAACCGGCAGCGCCGCCACAGCAGACAAUACGCUGUGCAGAGAAUGGCAAAUCCUAUUUGGAUCUGGGCUGUAGCAGUGGCUCACCCAGUGCCGCCGCUGGCGGUGGAGGAGGAGGAUCACCCAGCAGUCCGCCGCCCUCUUCGGCGCCCGUUCCUGUACCCUUUGCCGGCCUGCCGCUGCAUGGCUUGCCCCUGAAGCGAUGCUGCGAUGGCCGGGCCGGCGGAUGGUGCAGUGCCAACAGAAGUUGCUACAAGGACACGCGGCUGAAGAUACGCAAUCUGUCCAUGUUCAAGCUCUCCCGCUUCCGUCAGGUCUCAGAGCAGUCGCUAUACCGCUCCGUGCUCAUCUGCAACACCCUGAAGCGGAUCGAUCGGGAGAUCGAGGCGGAGGCCAAGGAGUUGCAUCAGGCGGCGCAGCAGCAUCACCAGCAGGCGGCGGCAGCUGCAGCUGCAGCAGCAGCGGCGGCAGCACAAGCAGCGCAGUACCAUCCAGCCUACCAGCAGCAGCAACAGCAGCAGCAAUCCCCGCCAGCGCCACUGCAUCCGCAUCCCCAGCAGCAACAGCAGCAGCAGCAGAUGGAUUAUGCGCCAGUUUUAAACUGUGCACGCUUGGCCAACAUGGAUCACUACCAGCAACUGAAUUUCCAGCCCCAGCAGCAGCCUCAGCAACAGCAACAACAACAACAGCCGCAGCAGCAACAUGGUUACCAUGAGCGCCUGGAGAGCCAGCCGGCGUACAGAGGAGUGGCAGCGGGAGCCAGUGGCUUUGCCACACAGCCCAGCAACUGUGAUACAUCCCCCAAUGGCACUGGCAACAACAACACAGCCUCGCCAGCGACAGCGGCCAGCAGUAGUCUGCAUCCCUAUGAUCACUAUCCCUUCCGGGAGUCGCAGUCUGGUCGAGCCACGCCCUUUCCCGCCUGCCCCACAACCACAGCAGCAGCAGCAGCGGCAGCAGUUUCCUCUGGAGCGGCAGCAGCAGCAUCAGCAGCACCAGGAUCAACCAAUGGAGCCACCGCCGUCCUGAGCAACUGCAUCACCAGCAACAGCAGCAAUAGCAGCAGCAGCUCCAGUUCCCCCGCCAUCAGCAGCAGCAACAGCGGCAACAGCAGCAACACCAGUUCCUCGACCGGCAGUAGUGGCAGCAACGCCUCCAAUGGCAGUGGGAGCAAUCCACCAGUUGCCUCGAUCGUCAGCAGCAGCAAUAAUUGCGAUACCAGCGAUUCGGGCUAUGCGGACGACGAUUCCACGCGUUCCAUCAACUGGAGCUCGGUGCUCAGCCUGAGCUCGCAAUCGGCGCUGGAUCCGCUCAACAACAAUGAUCUGUUCAGCAUACUCCCGGCGGCGGCAACGCCCACAGCGGUGCCGGUUUCAGUGCCAGCCAGCAGUUCCAGCUCCUCCUCGUCCUCGACACUGGCUUUCAGCGGCAGUUUCACCACAGUUCAGGCAAACAGUGGGAACAGCAGCAGCAGCAGCAGCAGUGGGAGUUCCAGCUCCACCACAGCCACUUUUACGACUCUGUCCACCAUCUCCUCGGCGACGCAUUCACUGACCUCGUCAUAUGUGAGCAGCAUCAGUUCGAAUGUAUCGGCGGGAGCCAAUACCUGGGAGUAUGGUUUCCUGGAUAUGGAGUUUGGACUGGGAUCCGAGUUCACGGAACUGGUGCCCAGCUGCAAGCUCAGCUCCGAGGAUCUGUUCAAGAGCGGCCUCGGUGGUCAGGUGGUGGCCGCCUCACGCCUUCAUGACAACGAGCUGGAGCAGCCUGCCCACAUCAUGGUCGGCAGUUAGUAUCAGUUGUAGACGACGACGACGACGAUGACGACGAUGAGGACGAGGAAGGCGUGCUCCUCGGCGGAUAGCGGCGGCGUGCUGGUCGCGUCGCCAGCUGGCGCCCACUAGCAAUUCCAAGCAGUAUUGAAAGGAAAAGGGAGGAGAAUGUAUGGAGAGGGGAUUUUCGAUCGUAAUUGCUAAUUAUGCUCAGGUUGUGAACGUGCAUGUAACCCUUAUCCUUUGGUCCUACGGCAUCCCCUCCUCCAAAGCUCCGCUCCUCCACACAAGCAAUCCGAUGGCACACAAAUUAAUUGCAAUUUAUUAAAAAGAAUACAACUUUGUAACUAAGUGAGAAACAGAAAAAUGAAACAAAGAACAAAAUUAUAAAACAAUGAUUAAUGACAAAUGAGCAAGCAAAAACUAUUAGCAAAUUUUGAUAAGUGUAAAUAUUGUUAGAAAAGUAAGUUAAAAGGCAGAGCAGCGAACUCCUAGGCUUAAGUAAGUUCGAUGAAAUGGAAAAUUCUAUAUAUUAGCGUAACUUUAGCUUUGUUAGUUGCAAUUGUUGCAGUUUUUCGAUUCCACAACACCAAUACACCAACAACAACAACGUUAAAACAAACAAGAAAGAGCUGUUUGGCGAAUUA